AUGUGUGUAGGCUUCUGGUCCCUGGAACAUCCAGACUACGCAUUGAUUCUUUGUAGUAAUCGAGACGAGUACCUGUCUCGACCUACCACGGCAGCGCACUUCCAUUCCUUUGGAAAUAUAGAAUCCGAUGUCACAUCGGAUAGGACGGUUUUGUCAGGUCGGGACCUACGAGCUGGUGGCACCUGGCUUGGCGUCAGCCUUGCCGGCAGGGCAGCUUUUUUGACAAACAUCACGGAAGAAGCUGGCCAGUAUAAUUCAUCCAGAGGCCAACUCGUGUCCUCCUUUCUUCGGCCGAACGCGGUGUCGCCCACGUCUUUGGAGGAGCAUUUGGAAAAGCUAGUCGCCGAGAAUACCCCUUACGCUGGAUUCAACCUGCUCCUGCUGUCAGCAGUGUGGUCUGAGAAUGACGCGCAUCCCCGCCUGUCCUUUGAGGGAGGGUAUGUAACAAACCAUGGAGGAGGUGGAAAGAUAGCGGCUAGACCUCUUACCGACGCGGAGAGGCGUCGCGGAGGCUUAUCAAAUGGAAUAGAUGGGAAGGACGCAGAUACAUGGCCAAAGGUCAAACACGGUUUGAACCUAUUCUCUGAGGUUCUUGAUUCCAUCACUGAGAAUUUGGACGACCUUGAACUCUCGGAGCGUUUAUUCCAACUCUUGACCUGGAAAGGUGAUUCGCCUCCCCGUGAACGAAGCGAAUUGAGGAACAUGAUUUAUAUCGAGCCUUUUUCUAUUGGAUUGCAGUCACCAGACACGACCCCUGAUUAUUACGGCACGCGUUUGUCCACGGUCAUCCUCAUUGGCCGCGACGGUCGGGCACUGUUCAUUGAACGUGACAUCUGGAUGUUGGACAACGAGAACAAUGUGAUAAAGGCAGACCCUGGGAAGCAACGAGUUUUUCGCUUUGUUUUACGAACUUGACUCGUGUUCAGUGGUAAACGUUCGCAGGCGAUUUGUACAUUGGAAGGGCAGUGAUUACAAGCGGGGGUUGGGUAUAUCUUCGCAGGACAAAUAGUGUAGGAUAAGGUACUAGAGCUACAAGGUGAGAACAAGAAUAUCACAAACCGUCGUAAGUAUGAAAGCAUGCGACGAAG